CGCCCGCCUCGGAGGCAGCGUGGCCGGGAGGGCGAGAGGGGUUCCCUGCGGGCAUGGCCGGUGACUGCAGCCCCGCUGUGGGGAGAAGGGGGCCGGGCCGGCCUUCCCGCCCUGCGGAGGGGCCGAGCAGCUUCCCCACCCCGGCAGUGGCUGCCGGGGACGGCGUGAGGGAGGCGGCGGGCGGUGCCCGCAGUCCCCUCCGCCAGCCCUCAGCCGGCGGGCACACCCUGGGCUCUGCCGCGAUGGCCGGGCAGAACCCCGCAGGUUCCCGGCCUGUGUGGGCACAGAGUGCCCAAGGUUAAACGGGUCACUCCAGACAGAGGGGAAUGAGGGAUAUGGAAUGAAGGACGUGGAGGUGUUGGAGCGAGCCUAGAGCAGGCCACCAAGUUGAUCAGAGGGAUGAAACAUCCCUCCUUUGAGGAAAGGUUGAGAGCAUUGGGCUUUUUCACCCUGGAAAAGAGAAGGCUUUGGGUAACCUAACUGGGGCCUUCCAGUUCCUGAAGGGAAUUUACAGGGAAGAUGGGGAAAGACUGUUUACAAGAGUGUGUCAUGACAGAUCAAGGAGGAGUGCCUUUAAUCUCACAGAUAGUUGGGUUAAAGUGGAUAUUGGGGAAGAAAUUAUGUACUGUGGGAAUGGUGAGGCCUGGCAUGGGUUGCCCGGAGAAGCUGUGGAUGCCCCAUCUCUGGAAGUGUUCGAGGCCAGGUUGAACAGGGCUUGGAGCUACCUGGUCCAGAGAAAGGUGUCCCUGCCAGAGAAAGGUGUACCUGCCUGUGGCAGGGGGUUGGCACUGGAUGGUCUUCAAGGUCCCCUUCCAGCCCCAACCAUUCCGUGAUUCUGUGAAGCAGAUGUCCCUCAGGUUCUCAUCUGAGUGUCCAAGGUUAAAUGAAAUGGGUCACUCUGGGAAUAGUGUCCAGAACUGCCCCUUGCCCCACUCCCCCGUUGGGGGCUGCCGCUGUGUUCUGUGUGAGCUCCAAGAGGUCUGAAUUCUGUAGGGCAUAUUUAGCAGGAAUAGGCUUCUAAAGCAGUAUUACAUAACAUCCUAGCCUUGACUUGAGCUCAGAGUUCUCAUUCAAGGGAGGUGCAUCAGAUUUCAUUAACUUCUGACUGACUGUACUGGAGCAGUGGCUUUGGCUGUGACAUGACACAAUUCCUGAAAUGCACGUGACUUUAUUUUUGGUGGAGCCUCACUCACCUGCUUGUGUUUAGAAGGGGGGAACGGAGCUUGAGGGGUUUUUUUUAAGACACAAAUGAAUAAAAAAUUAGUUUAAGUAGGCAGUACAGUCAUGUGGUACCUGUGGGCCGUGCAGCUAUAAAAUAGGAUUAUAUUGUUGCAUGUGUGCUACUCUGUGCAGGUGCUUGAGUUUAAAACAGUUUGAACAUCUGAACUCGUGCUCCCUCCUAAAUACUUAGCUAGCUACUUAAAGCUUUGGCUUGCUCUUGAAUUUGGUUUCUCUCCAGUCUCUUCUUAGCGAGAUGGACUAUCACCUUUCUUAGGGCUUUGGUGUUCAGGAUCCUACUGGACCCUGGUGUUAAUCAGUGAAUGGGUGGUAACGAUCUUGAAACAGCUGAUAGUGACCCAGGGAUGCCAGCUGUUGUGGUUGAGGAUUUAGAAUGGCUUUUUGUCUCUCUCUUCAUUUGUUGUGAUCUAAAAGGUGGAGGAAAAAAUAAAUUGAUUCUAAAUUGAAGGUUUUUCACUUAGUCCAGUGUGGAAGCAAUUGUAUGAAAGUUACCGAUUCAUACACAGGUUGGUGAGUUUUAAGGAGGAAGGUUAUUUAUGGUGACUCAACUUUUUUUUUUUCUAAAAGAAAAUAGUUAAAUAACUAGUGGUGUGUGCCUCUGAAGAAGAAAAAAGAGAGGAACUGACUGAAAUCAGAAGUGGUUGGGGUAGCAAACAAUUAGAGUCCUUUGGAAGCCUUUACUCCAAUUGAAAAAUUGGUCUUUGGUUCAGAGUGAGAGGUUGCUGACCACAGCAAUGGUAGCAGAGUUAGCUUUAGUGUUAGCUGGGCAUAGUACAUGUUGCUGCAUUGCUUAAAUCAGACCCUAAUUAAUUUUAUUUCAGUGUUUGAUGUGUGAAAGAUCCUUGGGUCUCCACGCUAUUUCCUGUGGUUCAUUAGUGGUACUUUCUGCUUUUCUCCUGAGAAGGAACCUUUGUCUUUAAUGAGGAUGCAAACUCAAUGCUGCUGGUGUGAAAUUAGUGGGAGUUUGAGCUCCAGGACUGAUUUUUAAAUGUUUUCCGGGCAAAAUCUGGUCCGUGAUUUUUCCCCGAUGUGCUUUCUGGGUGAAAUCCGAUCCGGGUUUCCUCCCCAUCCCUGCUUGUGGUCCUCAUCAUCAAAAUAUCUAUAAGAGAAGGGAGAAAAUUCAAUUUUAUUUUUGGAGUGAAGCUGGGGCAGGCAGAAUCUUACAGCCAGUGAGUUUUUCCGUGGGCAGCAGCUGCAUCCCUCUUGCCUAAAUAUUCCUUAUUGGGCUUGUGGCAGAAACUCUGAGUGAGAAUGGUCUGCCCAAGUGACUUCAGUGGGGAGAUUCAGCAAACACAGACUAAUCAAUUCUUGCAGCAGUUUCCAUUCUGAUGGAUUUUGGCUUCUACUGAUUUUUAUCUGCUUUAGAGUUAGUGAUCUAGACAGGAGUCCUGCAUGUCAGUCCACGGAUUCCUUCCAUACUGUCUCAGGCUGGUUGGCAGGACUGCAGUAAUGCUCAUUAAAACCUCAUUUGUUUAAAGAACUUCCUAUUUAUUUACAAGACCUUUAUUUUCUGAGCAGUACUUUUUAAAAUGCAAAUGUUACUCUGGCAUCUUCAUGAAAAAAAAAUAUUUUCAUCAGCUGCUCUUUUGAAGCCUCUUGCCUUGGUAGGAACAGGUACAGCUGCUGUUUAAUGUCAGGGGUUUUUUUGGGAAAGUGGAAAAUCACUGUUUAAUUCCAGCUUUUUGUUCUUCCCAGGUACAUAAAUAAAGAAACUUAGGCUUGAAAUUGCUUGUGUGUGGCAUCUGUAGCAGAAAUAGGAUUUUUCUUCUCUCAUUCCCCCUAGCUGAGGUGUGUGUACUCAGCUGGCUUUUUGUAAAUAUGUCGUUAUUCAUAGUUGGAAAAAUUGCAGGCCCUGGAAGCGCUGCUGCAUUUUAUUGAUAAAAAUGUUUUGGAGAAGGUUCUGUAUCUGCCAAACAUUGCACCGUCUUUUGGAUGUUGUUACUAGCACAGCACACAGGUCCAGGUUGGAGUGCUGUGAAUGAGCUGUGUUUAAAAGUUUCCCUAUUUCCUUAUCUCUGUUCUGUAGCUGUGAGACAAUGAUUCAUUAAUAUGAUGAGUUUUCUUUUUGUUUUUAAUAUUGUGUCUGUUUGGAACACAUAAAACUAAUUUCUGGUCUGCUUACUUAAAAGUGCAUUUUGCAUUUGUAAACAAAACUUGAUCCAAACUUGAUUUAUCUUAACAUCCUCUUUGUUUUGAAUUAAAUUAGCACAGGCAAAAAACCAAAAAAACCCAACCCAUCUAUGAACUUGUUGUCUUUGUGCCUCUGGUUACAAAAGAAACUAUUUAUGCUCUUGGUGCAUCUGCAGUACUUCAUAUGCUUGUUCCCAAGUACGAUGUUAAAUGUUUUGCUUCCCCUUUGUUUCAGCACAGACUUACUGCUGUGUGUACCUGAAAAAUAAUGUCUUCAUUGUCCAUUUUAAUUCUAACCAGGUGAAAAUCCAGAGACCAGUUAAUAGUCAUGUUUCCAAGUUUUAUUAUACUUUUAGUAUAGGCCCACAGUUUUUAUUUUUUGUCACUUACCAUUAAACAUUGCCCUGCUGUCUCCGUGGCCAGCUCGUUGUAAGGGUUCAGCCCUCCCACCAGCGCCUUUAGUCUGUAGCUUCAAGGGAGUGUGCUAAAAAUGCAACAAUGUUUUGGCAUGUGGAUGGCUUAAUGCUUUUAAUCACUUGGCUUGAAAUAUUUUGUGUAAAUAAAAUCCCAAAGGAUGUGCUAAACUAUGUAACAAUUACUGCCAGGUUUAGAAUUCAACAAGAUUGAGAAUUUUUUGUCACUUAAGGGUGUCUAGGCUUUUACUUGUUAGUGUCCAGGCUUUUCUUUGUCCUAUUCUUAAAAAUACCCAGCAACCCAAAACCUAAUAAAAGCCAAAAAGCAGAGGGAAUGAAAAUCAAGUUAUCAAACCUCUGUUUUGGUUUUGAAGCCUCUGCAGCUCUGCUGGCUGAAUCCAGAGGAAGUGACCAAACAUUUUAUUUAAUAACUGAACAGCUGAGUGCUGUGGAGGGCAUUGGCUGAACAAAAACUGCAAAAAUGUGAUGCUGAAAUACCCUUUGUAGCAGAAGCAAAACAAAACAGGUGCAGAAGGGGACAUAAAAAUAUGUAGAAUGACAGAACUUAAUCUGCUGAAGCUCUAGAAUAAUUAGCAUAUUUUUUCAUUGAUUUAUUUGCUUUUGAUUUUAAAAAAAUUUUCUCUUAAAAAAAAAAAAAAAGCCUUGUCUGGUUUGGAGGGGUUUGGCACUCGGCAGGGAUCUCCUUGACAGCUUCCAGGGCUUGUCUUGUGAUACAGAUCCGGGUAAAUGACAGGGACCAACUUCUGUAUCUUUGGCUGCCACCUGCUCAGUUGAAAAGUCAUUAAAACCACACAGUUGAUCUGGAGCUUUUCUUUUGUUGGCAUUACAAAGCUGCCUAUCCUGCCCCAAGACCUAGAUGUGUUUAGAAUUGUCUUUUUUUUUUUCUUUCAUUUUGUAUGUUUGUGAGAUCUGUAACAAUAAGGCAAAACUAUUUAAAAAAAUAAAAAUAAGAAUUUAAUUCUGAUGCUUCUUGUACCAUUCUGUUGGGUACUGUCCCAACAUUUUUGCUCUUAUUUUAAUAGCAUUCACAGUAUGAACUCCAUCAAGCAGCUUAGUUUAAGCAAGUUUUGCUGUUUUCAGUUUAGCACAUCCUCUCAUGCCUAUAUCCAGAAGCUAUUUUUUCUUUUUCCUAGAUUGGUGCAACUUGGUGAAAUUGCCAUUCGAGCAAAGUGUGGAAUGGUACUCGAGGUUACAUCUGUUACUGUUGGUAAUGGUAGUGAAAAGGCAGGUAAAAAGAGUCGGUGAAGUGUACUUAGAAAGGAGCGAAAUGGUGAAUUCAGUAGCCAGGCAGGUGCAAAGAAGAGAGAGAAGUGGCUCAGAGCUCGAAACUGUAUCAGUACAUCUUAGCAAAGUUCCUCUGCUUUACUGAUCUACUGGGGAUGAUACGGUAGAAUGGCACCUUUGCUCAAACUGGUUUCCACUUGACUGGGUUUUUUUGUACUGCCUCAGUGAAGUUGUUGGUAUUUGAAAGCCAAAGCUUGUUCUUUUGUACUUUAGAUCAGAGAUAAAUAGAAGUCAAAAGCAAAGCCUGAGAGCUUCAAACUUUGCUUUUCAACUGCUUUCUUUGUGCCCUCUGCAAAAAGCUUUAGGUAUUGUAAUGGAGUAGGAGAAACACCUGGAUACUUGAAAAUAGUGAUUUUAGUUCACUGAGGUCAGUCGUUGUUGCAGUGAUAGAUGUUUGCUGCCGUUUUUAUGGAGGGCUGACAGAGUGUGAGAGCAUUUCAGCUGUAAAACUGUGCUAUGGAAGAGGUCUGGAAGCAUCAGGAAUGAGGUGUGUGUUGAGCAAUGUGCAAUACCUGUUUUUGUGAAUAGUUCGGCAGUGUGUCACUUUUAGCUAUGAUGGAGAUCAGCAAAUUGCCUUUUAAUGUGUAACAGGCUACUGGAAGCUUUCUUUCCUUAACAGAGUUCCCUAGUCUUGAUUUAAAUUUCACAAGACGUUGUCACACUUCUUGCACUGCACCCUGUGCCCUGCAGGUUAAUAGAGCUACCCCCUUAUGCACAGGGAGAAGGGAUGGGAGUGACAGCCCUAAAUUUGGUGGUGUUGACAAAGUGCUAAUUGUUUCCCGGCCUGUUUGGAGUAUGGCAGAAGAAAUCUGGUUGCAUCUGCUUUUGCUGGGGACCUGCUCUUGCAUUUUGUGCCUUGAAAAGUAACAAAGACUGGUUCCUCAGCAGACAUGAGGGUCUGUUUCCCUGCUCCUACAGAUGAUAUUUUUUUUUUUUCCUUGAAUUCAAGAAUGGUAGUUGCACCAUACUUUCUGUGGAAAUGUGAAUCUGCCGCUGUUCUAAAGACCUUGUUGAAAUCAAUUACUUCCCUCAGUCCUUCAGGGUGCAGGAAGUUUUUUGCAACUUUUGAUAAAUAUGUCCUAAGUGUGAGAUAUUUUACUCUUCAGUAACUUACCUUCUCUUACACUUUUUCAGUAUUUUAAGACUUGGAAAGAAACGCAAUAAAGCUUUGGUAAUGUAAUUUUUGUUUUUAUAUCCAGGAGGCAGUCGUUAAUUCCUGAUGCCUCAAAUGCUGCACAACAAAUGUAGACAUGAAAGCUUCAGGAAAGUGAGGGUGUUGAGUUAUGCUCCUUGGUGUCCAGCCUGUCAGCAGAUUGAGGCGACCUGGGAGAGCUUUGCAAAGGAGAGCGAGCGGCUCGGCAUCACUGUUGGAAAAGUGGAUGUCACUCAGGAACCAGGCCUGAGUGGUCGUUUCUUUGUCACAACACUUCCUACAAUUUACCAUGCCAACGAUGGAGUGUUUCGCAGAUACCGCGGCUCCCGGACCUUGGAAGAUCUUCAAGGCUAUAUCCUAGAGAGGAAAUGGGAAGCUGUGGAGCCUGUAGCAGGAUGGAAGUCUCCAUCUUCUAUAAUGAUGCAUGGCAUGGCAGGGCUGUUUCACUUCUCAGGAUGGAUCAGGCAAAUUCAUAACUACCUCACUGGCACUCUUGGAGUUCAUGUUUGGAUUUCCUAUGCCAUCUUCAUCUUAGCUACCUUACUGAUUGGCCUGCUCCUGGGUUUGGUCCUUGUUUUGAUUUCAGACUGCCUCUGCCCAGCCAAGUCAAAGCACAGAGCUGAAACACCUGAAGAAGCAAUUACCAAGGAGAACGCGGAGAACGCAGCGCUGGAGGAGCCGGAGGAGGUUGCGGAGCUUUCCGCGGACGAUGCAGAAGAGGCUGCCGACGUCAAAGAUCUCUCAGACGGGGAAGAUGCAGCGAACUCAAGUGCUGAUGAGUCAGAGGAGGAUUUAGCACUUGGAAAAGAAUCAGGGGGAGAAGAAAUGGAAGACUUAAGUGAACAACCUUUAGCUGAAUCAGAGACUGAAAGCACAGUGAGGCAGCGGAAAAGUCAGGGGUCUGAGAAGGAACUAUAAUUUUCCCAGUGGUGUAUCUUUUACACUUGGACCAAAGAAGUGUCAGACCCCUCCAGGGUCUGAAGCUGGAGCUUACACUUGAUUUGUCGUUGGUGUUUACGCAAAGCUCUGCUCUGCCAGCAGGCUCUUCUUUUUUUAAGCUUAGUACUUGCUUACUUUCUUUGAUAAGCACAUUUGCUGUGUGUUGUGUGACCUUAGCUGUGACAAUCAAAAUCAGUGUCUUAUCUGUUCCAUGUCCUCUCAGAGAAAAAGGAGGUGUCAGCCUCAGUUCACCAGCUCUGAAAUUAUCAUUGUAUAUGUGUCCCUCUAAGGACUGACCUGGGCAAGAUCAGGACUUUUAACUCCAUGGUAGCUUGGCAGGACUGUGACUUUUCUGUCUGAAUGUUGAUUGUUCCCAAAUGCCACAGAAGCACAGAGACAAUUCACUAGUGAAAAGAGGCACCUUACUGGUCUUCUAUCAGAAAUGUUGUGUACCAUGGGUUUGUUUUUACCACUUCCAGCUGAAGCACCUUUCUCUUCCAUUUCCAUUUGUGUUUGUUUUGAAAGUUGAUCCUGCAGCUCACCCCCAGAUGUGGCAAUUUUUGGUGAUCCAGAGGCUGUGCAGCUUGAGUUGUUUGACCCAAGGAGUUGGAGUAAUUAAAAACCUCAGGCAGGAAGAGAGUGGCAGCUAAAUGUUUAAAAUGUGUUGGAACUUCUAGAAGGUUUAAAGGAAAUUAUUUUGGUCGGGGGGAAAUUUUGUCAAAGCACAAAAGACUACUUUUUUUUUUCUUUUGAUAAUUUAUUCCCAUCAGGAGAUUGUAGCAGGAACUACUCACUUUGGAAUCAGUAAGUUGUGUUUAUCUUGCCGGUGCAAGUUUGUCAUGUGCAAUGCAGUCCUGCCAUUUCCGACUCAGAAUGCUUUUGGCAGAACUCGGGCUGCUUUAGUUAUGUUAUCUGAAGAGGCUCUUAGGGUUUUACCUUUGAUCACUUUUCUACUUUUGGAAUCAUCACAUUGGGGAAAGAGAGGGGGCACAGGUGGGUAGUGUUGAGAAGCUUUGGGCUGCUUCUAUCAGAACAAAUGUGCACGUGUUGAACUGUGUAAAGUGAAAACGACUCAUCAGGUAAGACAGUAUUGGAUGUGGUUAGACUUGGGUCAUUAAACUAUCAGUGUAUCACUCCCUUGGGUUAGUAUGUCUUUUUUGGUCAGGAGUACUCUCUGUGAGAUCCUGUAUGUUCCUGCUUUGCUGAUGUAUGACCAUGAACGUAAGAUGUGUCCUAAUCUUGAUAUUAUUUUUAAAAAAUAUAUACAUAUGUUGCAUAAACCUUGCUAACAUGCAUGAAUUUCAUCUUGUUCUUCAAGAACAAAGAGUAGUCAGGGAGGAGAUCAUCUCCUAUCAGAAGAGAAGUUGCAAGUGCAAAAUGCUCAUUUCCUUUGAGACUGAGAUUAAUAGGGCAAAUUUUUGUUGAAAGCUGUUUUGUUGUUGUUGUUUUAUGCUUAUAAAGAACAUAUUUGCCAAGAAAGCUCAACUUUCCCAUCUAUGUCCUGUCACAUAUGUUUUCAAACUAUAUGGUAGAAACUCUGCAUUUGUCUGAUAGAGCUGCUCAAAGAAGAAAAUUAUACUGCAUAUCCUGAAUUUGAAAUUUCUUAAGAAGUACUCCCAGUCUGGAGUUUGAGUUCCAUAUAGUGGACACCUCUAAACGUGCUUUCACAUAGUUAAAAACACAGACUUGACAAUAUCUGUACAUUGCACUAUCUUGAGAAGAGCUUGUUAUGUUUGAGUGUUGUUCCAUGUAACUGAGCAGUCGUAAAGCUGGCAGCUGCAGCAUUCAGCAGUGGGUGAGGCACACAGCAGCCUUUAAAAAGCUGCACUUCUAUCUGCAAAAACCAAGAAAACUUUGUGGCCACUACAGUGUGAAGAGAAGAACUGUGCACUUCGAAGACAAAAAGGUGUUCUUGCAAGAGUUGGGUUUCCCUGUGGAUUUCACAAGCAAACAAACCCAUGAAUGGCACUUUGUCCUAGAAGGCAUAUGGUCUGUGAGAUGCUGUGGGAGAGAUCAGAAGCCCCUUUGUGUGGUGGGUCUGAAUUCUCUGCUCACGUUUCCUCUGUUGUGCAUGUCACAGUUGGGUUUGGAUCAUUAAAACCAAAGAUAUGAAGUGUUUUCCAUCAUGACAGACUGAACUGUAAGAUCACUGAUGAGCAGGGAUUAAGUAAGCAGACAGCAGGUGACAGCAGCUUAGAUCUCUCUGGUGAAUCUAGAAAUUAACUUGGUCAGGCUUCUAAGGGUUCUUGAACAUAGGAUGGAUGUUGUUCUUGUGUUUUCAUGAAUCAAAUAGGGAAUAUUAAUGCUGACUGGGUUUGACCCUAUUUGAUGUGUAUUGGUGUAUCUUACUACAAAGAUCUCUGAAUUGUGGUUAAGGCUUUGCUUAGAAAAGGUGAUACUGUGCAACCAUAGAUCUCUCCAACUUAAGUUUACGUUUGUAGGAAAAUUGCUGUAGUGUGAUACUGGAGAUACUCAGUUUUGACUAAUAUUUAUCUGGGAAACAGCAGGCAGAAAACACUGUAAAGGCUAAAUUUGUGUUUAACAGAAAAACUAUUAGCUGUGCAGUAGAAGUGUCAUGUUAAUAUACCUUCCAGGAUCAGGUAUUUUUCCAUUAAAACGCAUUUUAAUUGAAUCAUGUGAGUAGUGCUAAUUAGACUAUGACAAUAGUUUUAGACUUGGUGUGUUUCCAAAAAGUCAGGAUCAACCUUUUGUGCAAUCUGGGUGUAAUGUUAUCUCUGUUCUGUUAGGAUUAAUCAUGAAGAAAUUGAAUUUGUUCUUGCAACCUCAGUAUAGACAAAAGGGCCUUAGAGAAGCUGCUGCUGGCGGUGUUCAAAAUGUUUUGAUGAAGGACAGGGCCUUAAGGCUUGUGAACUAGAGCUGUGUGUCAAAAUUAAUUUAAAAUUGUUGAGAAGCAAUUAAAAUAUCAAUUGGGCUGCAUGCCACUGGAAUGGGAAUGCUUAACAGCAAGUCAUGGAAUAAAUCUGGCAGGUUCCUUUUUCAAGAGGCUGGAAAUCCAUCCAGCAUUCCAAACCUCCUGUCCUUGGGAUCUGUGUGAAACUUGUGCGUCUUGGAAUGCUCUGUAUCUACUGCCCCUGUAGGGGUGGCACUUGUUAUGUGAGUUUUCUUCUUGGAAAUGUUACACGGGGUUGUCUGUUACAUGAACGUGUUGCAAAUUUAUACUUGGGUGUAUUUUUACUGAAAUGCCACAUAAAAUUUUGUAUUUAUGACCA